AAUAUAAAUAUGUGUGAUGUGAUCGUAGUAUACGUGUGAAAAUCUAACAUUAUAAUUGUUUUACAGUGAAAGGUUUUGAAAAUGCGUAUGGCUUUUUCAAAAGCCCCAAUAAAGACCAAGAAUGGAAAUUCUUUUCGAUGGAAAUUCUUUACCAAGAAUAUAAAACUACCGAUGGUUAUAAACUUUAAAGGAAACAGCUCCAUAAGUAACCAAAAUGAGGUUUGUCCUUGAGCCUCAGCAUUCGCAGUCAGGGCGAUUAAUAAAUAGCAACAGAUGCUUCUACAAUUGUCCAUGCCUUUGUUGUCGGCAGGGAUGCUGCGUCAUUGUUGUGGGCUGCUGCUGCUGCUGCGUCAACAUCAACAACUGCUGCAACAAAUGCAGCUCGAGGACCUGCUACUCUCCACCGCCACUAGCGCGCAAAAAAGCUUGUGGUCCUGUUGGUUUGGUCGUAUCCAUUGUCGUGGGUACUAUUAUCGCGCUCGCUCGUUGGACAACGGCCAUAGCCACUCUUAUAUCAAGCUGCAUGCUAAUAGAGCUCUGCGGAAAAGGAAGCUGUACCAACAAUCCCGUUCCGGUCCCCGUUACAGUUCCUACUGCAGCCAGCGCCACUGCCAGCAGCAAUACGGAUGCCAAGCUUAAAUCUCUCUAUGGCCAUAGUUCUUACGAUAUCACUAAUGAUCAGCAACUGAAAUCGAAGAAUCUUUGCAAAAUGUUUUGCAACAGUCGCAAUCGCAAGCGACAGCGCCGAAGGCGACGACGCCGCAGGCGACGUAGUAGGCACAGCCAUAAUGGUAACAGAACGAAUAGCAACAAACAGCAGCAACAACAGCACCACCAAACGCAACAGCAGGAAAGUAUAUUCCGACAGAGACUUAGUUAUAGCCUUAGCGCUGACACAUGCGCUUCCAUAGAUGCAUUAAAAGCGAUUGACGCAUCUUUACCAAACACGAAUCGGCUCCGAAGCAUGCCAACGAGAAACGUUCGAGUAUCCUCUUUAAAAGCUAUCAUAUCGUCGUGGCCAUCGGCGAAUAGCAGCACAAUACGUCACUGUUCCAAGAUUAAACGUAAUCGAGCCAAUCUCAUCUGGCUACUCAUUGGACUUGUCUGGUUUGAGGUGAAACUAAUUAACUGCAAUGCCAUCGGAAGCAGCAGUAGCUAUGUCUCCAAUUUUGUGACUCAUAAGGGAUGUACCAUAUGUCAUGAGGAAGGCAAAGCCAAUUUCUACAGCGAUAAAGAUAAUCCACACACAGACUACAACAGCUACAACAAGUACAAUAACAACAAUUAUUUCUACAAAAAAACUAAUCGCCCCCAUAACAAUAUUGCACCGAGCGACCGUGUUCGCUUAGAGUCAAUAAAACGGCAAAUUUUGACGAAACUUGGCCUUACCCACAAGCCAAACGUAUCUCAUCCUUUACCCAAGCAAUUUAUUUGGGAAACAAUAUAUCGGGCGGAUGGUGGAAGGAUGGUUUCUAACGAUGCAUUUGACAGCAGCAGUAGCGAUUUCGAUCAGCGUUCGCGAUUGCGGGAAUUAUCCCCAUCCGAAAUACAUAGGUUCAAUGAACAAGACGGGACGGUUUUUGCUACUAGUGAUCCAGAUCCCCAUCAGGAUCGAUAUCGCUCUCCGGUUUCAUAUACAUUUAACAUCAGUAGAAGCCAUAUAUAUGAGAAAUUCAUGAGAGAUCGAACAGCGAUCCGAGCAAGGCAAAAGAAUCACGAAGACGAUGUGAAAAGUAUAACCUUUAAGAAUUGGCCAGAUAUACGCCCAUUUAAAAUGAACCCUCGCAGCGGGUCUACGGCUACACACCAACCCAAAAAUGUCGAUACCACUACCACUGCCACUAAACAGCAGAGAAAUGGUCAUCGCAGUGACAGCAGGAAUAGCAAUGGCAUCAGUGACAGAAAAGGCAAUUCGAAUGAGUUCAGAAAAUCUACAUAUCUGAUAGAUAUAAAUCGUAGUAGUGAUAGUAGGGCCAAUAUUGGCAUUAACGGCGGGAUCAAACAAAAUGAUCAUGUUUAUUUUAACGAUUACAGUGUUCAGGUCCAUGAUAAAAUCCAGUACGACUCCCUCCAUGGAAGCAGCAACAGAAACGGACAGAAUCCAAUAAACAUCGACUUUUUCAGUGGUAAUAACGAGGAUGGAAAACCUAAGCGGAACGACGACUCGGUCAUGUCAGACCAAGAAAACUUUGAUCGUGAAGACUUCUUUGGGAACACUCAGGAAAUAAUUACGUUUGCUGAAGAAGGAACGCAAUAUAGACAAUAUCGAAUAUUGGAAUUUGCUCCACAAAAAGAGCGUGUUCCUAGCCAAAAACUUUACAUACGCAGCGCUCAGAUACACAUUCGCAUCGAUAAGCCACCCAGUUACUGGGAUGCAAAACCUGAGGAGAAUUUACAGGUUGAACAUUUGACAAACGCUAAACGGAAGUGGCAAGCAAGCUCACACCAUAGAAUCAAAAUCUGGGUGUUUCAACUGACAGCAGGAAUAAAUAUUACUGAGAAGGGAAUCGACCAGGCGUUCCUGUUCCGUGCAUCUUUUAAUGUGGACACCAAGCACCUGGGAUGGCAGAAAUUCGAUCUUACUGAGACAAUCCGCAAAUGGUAUAGCCAAAACAGUGAAGAAAAUUUACGACUUUUGAUUGACUGUACCGGCUGCGGUCGCCGGUACUCACUUCAAUUAUUCCGAAUUUCGAUGCCAAGUUCUAACUCAAAAAUGGAUAAUUCAGACCAUAUAAAUCCGAAUCCAAAUCGACCAUUUCUCGUUCUUCAUACUGAAUCAACAAGGAAUCGUCGUGUAAGGAGACGCGCCGUUGAUUGUGGGGGUGCUUUAAGUGGGCAAUGUUGCAAAGAGUCAUUCUAUGUAUCCUUUAAAGCACUGGGCUGGGAUGACUGGAUCAUUGCGCCUAGAGGAUACUUUGCAAAUUAUUGCAGAGGUGAUUGUACGGGACCGUUUAGGACACCCGAUACCUUUCAAACAUUUCACGCCCAUUUUAUAGAAGAGUAUCGAAAAAUGGGACUACUAAAUGGCAUGCGACCCUGUUGCGCCCCAGUUAAGUUCUCCAGCAUGUCUUUAAUAUAUUAUGGAGAUGAUGGUAUUAUCAAACGUGAUUUACCAAAAAUGGUCGUCGAUGAAUGUGGCUGCCCGUAACCUUGCAACGAGAUUUGCCUUUUAUUACUUCGAUUUUCCGUCCGGUAAAUUUAGGAGCUUUCUGCCGAAUUUUAUGGCAAUUAAUAAAACUAUGUGUGCUCCUAAAAUAUAUUCUUAAAUCUGAAGAAACUUAUUGUUAUUCAAAUAGAUUAGACUCAAUUGAAUUGUAUUGUAAGUUAGAAUAAUGAUGACAAUAUAUGUAUGUAUAUAUAUUUAAUAUCUUAUUCGAAAUUACAAAAGUGCCUAAAUUAGCAACAAAUAUUAUACCUAAAACAUGCAUGCAAAUUUAUAUUCAAAGAAUUUACUGAGUUUAGUGAAAACGCUCUCUUGGCACUGAGAAGUUUAAUCUUGCUGAUAUCUAUAGCACAUUGGAGUCUUAAUAGAAUAUUGACAACAAAUACUAUUAAACAGCAUAUACAAUUAAAUUAAUAUAAACAAAUCCCUGGUUUUUUCUUAAAUUUGGAAAUUUUCGCAAAUAGCCGCAAAAAAAUAUCUUAGAGCCAUUUACGUGUCAGUGUUUUUAUCCAUGAAGGCUAGAAGGGUACGGUUUUGAUUAGUUGUUGUUAUACACAAAAGUUUUUUUUACUUUACUUUUUCUGCAUGUAGUAUAUUCGUCAAAUGAGUACGGAUAUGAGGAAGCGCCAGUAUAUAAAUGAAAUAUGUAGAUGUAUAUAUUAGAAGGCACUCGCUUGCCUAGUUUGCCACUCCCUGACCCGGCAAAUCAUUUGUCGCAAUAUUGUGAACUAUUUCUGUUGCUUCGAAGGUUGUCACUUGAAAGCGGAAUUAUAAUGUGCGUUAUAAAUUAGUUUGAACUUUUCAUGACGCACAACACAUUCUACUUGACUCAUAUCGGUGUUUGAACGCAAUACAAUAUGGACUAUGUGAUUCACUAUGUGUCAGCACUUUCGGAUGAGCAGAAUAUUCAAUAUCUGGGUCGGACUUAAAUGCUCGAUUAAUUUGUAUGCGUUGUCAAUCUAAUGUUCUCGGAGAGUGUCAGUUAUCUAACAGCGAGCUUGUCUCCGUUCCAAUUGUCAUUGUUGAUUUCGUUCAUUUCGUUUCUCUUGUGAUGGAGAAUCCCGUAAUUGCGACAUGCUCACACGCAUAUUUCCGUUGUUUUUUUGGAUUCUAUCUGUUCUACUAUUUCGCAUGUUUCUUGCUCCAAAGAGAGAUAAAAUUACGUGUACUUGAUUCUGUUUACAUUUUGUAUGGGAUAUUUCGAUAUUGUUCAUACAAAAAUACUAAAAUCCAGAAUAAACAGGAGGGAACGUUAUGAGUCGCAGUCUCUAAUUUUAUACCAGUACUCAGUCAGUAUAAGGUCAAAAUCGAAGACUGUUAAGUUAUAUCCGCACGCAUAUUUUAACGAAAAUUGUCUCAAAAACACAUGAAAAUGUGUUUUUUCAAUAUAUUAAUAUAUUGAAUUACAAAUUUUAAAUCUGUAUUAAGUUUUUAUGUCCAUAUACAUUUUUCUGUACGCGUUGUUAUUUAAGAGAACGUCUCAAAUGGACUGUUACGUUAAACAUUUUUGGAAGUAGGUUUUAUAGGUGCGCAACACUUUCAAAAAAGUCUGCUCUUCUAGUUGACUAUUUUUA